GAACUUUGAAAAGGGAGUGAAUUUUACACGCUCUUGUUUAGUUUUGGCUUUUGUUGUGUUAUACGCUCCAAAAGUCCACAGAUUAACUUUAAAUCGGUUUAUUCUGAUCAAAAUAUCAUGGUUCGUGCAAUGAAAUCCUGUGCUCCUGGUUUCUCUGCCCAUCGCUUUUCUAAGAAAUGUAUCCGUACUGAGGAUGGAUCAAUGUUGGUUGUGAGCAAGAGGAUGAAGAAUAUGUUGAAACAAGAGGUCAAGAUGAAUGCAGCUGCCGAUAUGCUGGUUGAUGAUUCCAAUUUGGAAAUGAAGACUCCCAAUAUAUCCUUUGAAGAAACUUUAGACGAAUCAAGUGGAACGACUCAAAUGAACAAUAAGUUGAUUAGCGGUUCCUUACGUACACCAAAAGAUGAUUCAAUUCAUCGUACAAUGAAAAAAAUUCCGCAAAGGAAACGACACAAGUUGAGGUUACAGACACAUUUCAAUCGUCAUACAAAUUUGAAAUCAGCCUUAAAGUCCAUGGUAGAAAAUGAAAAAACAGACAAACAAUUGGAUGUACAGUUACCUGUUGGUGGUCAGUCAUUUUUUACAAAGCCAAGUGAGGCGGCUGAUUCAAAAACAAAAUCAAAUAACCCGCGUAAAGUUGGAAAUAGCAGUGUUAAAGAAAAGAGACCACUGGCGAUAAAUCUCCUGAAUUCUUUUCGAAGUAUACUGCAAGAAUUCUAAUGAUUUCCUCUCUUGUUUCCUCGUCUUCACAAAUGGGUGGAUAAGAGAGAGGGAGAAAGAGUAAUUCAUUCGUCAUCGCCAAAGAAUUCAGUAUUGAUCUUAUGAUACUGUUUCUCGUAUGCAAAUCCUAACUGAUAUCCUUAUGUACAUAUAAAUAUAUUAUUUUUAGAAAUAAAUUUAUAUUGAUUAACU